UCCAAAGAUGGCGACGUAGCGUCAGCACUUUACCUCAGGAGCGAGUAGCUUUGACAGUCAACGUGGUGGUGGUGUGCGGAGAGUAGAAACUGAGUUUGUUAAAACCGUUUUAAUUUAUUUGUAAAUUAUUAUUUUUCUUAAAUACACACACAUAUAUAUAUUUAAACUAAAAAAAAUCGCACACCACCACGCGCUGCGGAAAGAUGCCUAACAUUAAGAUAUUCAGCGGGAGCUCUCACCAAGAUUUAUCGCAAAAGAUCGCUGACCGCCUGGGGUUGGAGCUCGGUAAAGUGGUGACCAAGAAAUUCAGCAACCAGGAGACGUGUGUGGAGAUUGGAGAGAGCGUUCGAGGUGAAGAUGUUUACAUUGUACAGAGCGGUUGUGGCGAAAUCAAUGACAAUCUGAUGGAGCUGCUCAUCAUGAUCAACGCAUGCAAGAUCGCCUCUGCCUGCCGGGUCACAGCCGUCAUCCCAUGCUUCCCUUAUGCUAGGCAAGACAAGAAAGAUAAGCAAACUACAGCUAUUUCCAGGGAUGUUUUAAUGCCGUCUUGGUCUUAUUCUCAGAGUCGAGCCCCGAUUUCAGCAAAACUGGUUGCCAACAUGUUGUCUGUGGCUGGGGCAGACCAUAUCAUUACGAUGGACCUCCACGCUUCUCAGAUACAGGGUUUUUUUGAUAUUCCAGUGGACAAUCUGUAUGCUGAACCCGCAGUACUCAAGUGGAUUAGAGAGAAUAUUCUAGAAUGGAAAAACUGCACCAUAGUCUCUCCUGAUGCCGGUGGAGCUAAAAGAGUUACAUCUAUAGCUGAUCGGCUUAACGUGGAUUUUGCUCUGAUCCAUAAGGAGCGCAAAAAAGCAAACGAGGUUGACCGAAUGGUCCUAGUCGGCGAUGUGAAAGACAGAGUGGCUAUCUUGGUGGACGACAUGGCGGAUACCUGCGGCACAAUUUGCCACGCUGCAGACAAGCUGCUGUCUGCUGGAGCUACUAAAGUGUACGCUAUACUCACGCACGGAAUCUUCUCUGGCCCUGCUAUCUCUCGUAUCAACAACGCCUGCUUUGAAGCUGUGGUCGUCACCAAUACAAUACCCCAAGAGGACAAAAUGAAACACUGUCCUAAAAUACAGGUGAUCGACAUCUCCAUGAUCCUUGCGGAGGCGAUCCGCAGAACACACAACGGCGAAUCCGUGUCCUAUCUGUUCAGUCACGUACCUUUGUAACGUCUGGAAUUUCUCCUGCUUCAGCUUGGGAUUGUCUACCAAAAUCCUCUUCCUUCCACCUCUGAUACAAAGGACUCCUUGCCACCCACUGCCUCAAAAUCUGGUCAACUUCUAUCUGAUCUGUCAGGACAGACAUUUUGGAUGGACAUUUAUCAUUGUAUUGGGUGUUUACAAUUUAAAAAAGUGGUUGUAUAUUGCAAGUGGAAACGUGUAUAUGGUAAUUAGAUGUAACCUCUAUAAUGUAUGUUACACAGCCCUCCAUACAGAAGGGAAACCUAGUUAUUGCUUUAUAAGAUUGUGUGUAUUCUGACUUCUUCUCUGGGUUCCAAUAUUACUGCACACCUGUUUUUCUCCAGCUUUACAGAAGGACUUCACAGUGUAAAAUUGCCACCGUUUUACAUUGGCAGAAUUUGUUAGAAUUGUUGUUAGAAUUUGCUGCAUUCCCAGGAAAAUCAGUGGUUAAGUUGAAAUAACACAAAUUUGAGCUAUUCAAAUCCAGUCAAUAUUUCAUUUCUCUUGACUUAACUUUUAUUUUUGCCUUGCGUGUAUUUUAUGAGCCAUUAAUUCUGUCCUCAUUCAGUUUGAGUUACGAUGUAGAAAGAUAUGGUCAUGCAUUGUGCAAACAAAGGGUUUGAUCUACCAAUUGCUUACAAAUAGUCUCGCAAAAGAAUUGCAGUUUUAUAUUUUUUCUUCGCUUUACAGGUGCCACUGUGCCACUGGUGGCAAAAUCAUUUGAAGUCUUGCUCUGGCUUGGGCCUAGGUUUUAUGCGCAUUCAGGAAAGUUAAGUGUUUUGGAAAUACGUAAAGUGAGGCAAAGAGAACAGAAUAGUAGAUUCAGCAGCCCUGGUAAUGGGGAAUACUUCUUGUACCGCCUUAGGCAGUAACAUUUACAAGCAAGAAGCUGAACAUAGGUGUGGUUUUUGAAAUUCGCUGACCCAAGGGUUGUACAGUACUAAAGUCAUGCCUUUUUUGUUUCUCGUAAUGUUUUUUUGUUUCUUGCAAUGUUUUAUGUAGAAGUAUCGUGUAGCAUAAUCAUGCUACUAAACGCUACUUGAUUUGGGUCGUAUGUGGGCUUGUGUUCUUCAAGUCCAACUCUCCUCAGUAUAUAGAAGCUUAGAGCUUUGAAGAUCCAAUCUCUGUUGAUAUUACUGCUUGUACUCCUGUGGCCAGCGUUGACCUGAGUUUUCAGGACCCAGUUGAGCUGUGGAGUGUAAAGUGGCUAACCUGUUCUCUGUGAAUUUCACACGGAUACAGCAUAACAUUCAAACAGCAUAACAUGCAACCUGGUUCUUUUGGCAAGUGGAUUAAAUUGCUGACGUCGCAGGCACAGGGUUUGGGUUCAGAUACGUGCAGACGCAUUGGGACCCUAUCAUACCCUACCACACUCAACCUGACACUUAGACACUGGCCUCUUAAGUUAUUGGCACUCAUUUUGCAGAUUCUCUUAGAAUCGCUGGGGCUUUAUAAGCUUCAAUCUGAAGCUAGUGUGGUACAGGAUGUGGCUUUUGAUAGGUCGACAGUUGUACACAAAUUAAAAAUUAAUUCCCCAAAUUUUUUUUCCGACAACUUGGUAGGACAUGUAGACAUCUAUAAUGUAAGCUGUCUACAUUGUUCGCUUGUAGCUGCUGUGCACAAAUAGCUGCCAGAAAGGAGUAAGUUGAGUGUUGAGAGGGAGAAGAGGUCCUUUUUUUCAUGUAGAAAUAAUUAUGUUCUAUUGCUCAUAUUACUGAUCACAAAAACAUUCACAUGCAAUUUUUAAGCCUGUCCGGAUGAAACUGGUGGUGAGCCUUGUGUUUUGUGUGUAUGUGUAACGAGGAAAGCAAUUUCUACACAUUAUGAAGUGGUAAUCCUACUUUGAAAGGAAAAGUAUCAUUGUCCAGAACCGUUUUCGUUUUGUUUCUACAGAAGGAAAAACUGGAGGUUUUUACGUUUUGUUUUAAAUUCACUCGCUACAAUAAACAGAGCUGUGAAAAUGUC